AUGCGCUUAAUAUCAUCCGUUUUCCUCAUCGCCAUCACCAGUUGGGCUCAAGAAUCCGAAGGUUUGCGAGCGCUUUUCCAAUUUUUCGGUCAAUCGCUUGUUUUCGCCGCUGCUGUUUUGAAUUUUCGGCGCCGAAAAAAGCGGGGCGCUUUUUUCAAGGGGAAAUACGAAAAAUGUGUGCAUAAUCCGGUCCGUGUGUCACUUUUCGCGUCUCCAAGACAACAGAAGAAGAGAGGGGGCGUGAGAGCAGGUGAACAUGACGAGCAAGACGUAUAAUCAGACGGGAUUUCGAUAUUUUUAGUCCCCGACUGAGUUUCUAGACUUUUUCAGAGCAAGAAAAGUGCACAAAGGAUUACUGUAGACUCGUGUUUCUCUUUCUUUCUCUCUCUCUUCUCGAAUAAUUCAUGAGGUAGGCGAGCGAAGAGCUCGUGGAGAAAUAAAAAGAAAAUGCUCACACACUUUACAUUUUACGAGUUUAAUUAAGUUUAGCCAUGUGAGCGCCGAUGAAGGGGAGCAAAAGGAGAAGAAGAAGAAGAAGAAGAAGAAGAAGAGGGAAUUGAACUUUUUCACGCUUCGUUGAGCUCGCUAUCAGCUGGCGCUCGUCGGAGUACGAUGCUCCGUUUUUGACGUUUUAGACGGUUUAGACAGGGGUUUGGGGCAAAAUGAUAAACUACAAAGUUGGAGAGCACUAAAUUUGCAACAACUUUUUUGUUGAUCACUUUUUGGAAUAAUCAUUGGUUCUCGAGAUAUCACUUCUUGAACAUUUACGAGUUUUCACUGGUUUUGAAAGAGCUGUAUCUUGAGAACCAAUGAUUCGUUCAAAAAGUGGUCGCCAGAAAAGUUGUUGCAAAUGUCAUUUUCUACAACUUUGCAAUUGAUUAGGUCUUCCAAAACCGCUGUCUAAGCCGUCAAAAGUGUCAAAAACGGAGUGUCGUACUCAUAAAUCACUCUAAAUUUCUCCUCGAAAACUGCGUCAUCAAAGAAGCACAUCAAAGUUGAAAAAUCUUCUUUCCGGGCCCCCCUCCUCAAAAAAAAACAUUUAUUUUCGAUUUCUCUUCUUCUUCUUCUUCUUCUUCCUCUUACCGCCGCCCACGUCAGCUGCUAGUCGUCAUCUCACGGAUAAACUUUGUCGGGACGGAUAAUAUUGAGAAGAAAGAGAGGGAGAGAGAGAGAGAAUCAUUUUUUUGAUUUAUUGACAUCCAACAAGACGGAUCUGGGGUUUUGAAAAAGUCAGUACGAUGCUCCGCUGCUGACGGCGCCUUGUUUAGCCAAAAAAAACGCACAUGUGACACGUAUAAAUACAUUUGGAGAGUGUCUGACCAAUGCUUUUAUCCAUGAAAUUGAAUCAGUCGGAGUGCAAGCAUACAAUAUCGAAUUUCUGCGGCAAUUUGAUUGUUUUUCUUCGCACACUCAAUUUUUUCAGGGUUCCUGCCGAAAAAAGUGAUCAAAAGGCCGCCGGCGAUCGACGAGAACACAUUUUUGAGACGGCGGGCUUUGGGAUCCGAGGACGGCGGUCAGGUGGUCGCGGAUCCGGAUGCUGAUGGAGAUCCGCACGGAAGGUACGGUUUGGCGGAGAAAAAACCGAAAGAGUUGGUCAAUUUUCAACGAGUAUUGUGGACUUUUGAGAAGAGUCAACUUCCGACGGCUACAGUACUCUCGGGAAUGGUUGUACAGAAAAGGUGUCAACUGGAAAAAUAAAGUUCAAGUCUAGUACUGUCAUUUUGUAGUUGACAACUUUUUUCUACAACCACUUCCUAGAGUACUGUGUAGCUUUUCAAAGUUAGGUGUGCUUUUGAAGGCUCGAAACUAACCCCAACUUCUGAGAGCUACAGUACACCAGAAAGUGAUCGUAUCAAAAAAUGAUCAACUACAAGGAUGACGUACUAGACUUGAAGUGCUCACAAAAAACGUUUUAAAGUCGGCGCCAUUUGUCCGAAGCCUACAAUACUCAUUUCCAGACUUGCCACGUGGAUCCGCUCGCACGCACGUCAUCACAUUCCGCUCAAACAUCCGCACACGCAAAUCGACGUCUUCAUUUCGGCCGGGCUCUAUCAAAUUGUCGACUUGGUAGGUAGCAGGGGUGUGCGGAAAAUUUUUUUCGGAAAAUUUCGGAAAAUCGGUUUUUCCGAAUUUUUUUUUUCGGAAAAUUUCGGAAAAUCGGGUUUUCCGAAUUUUUUUUUUCGGAAAAUUUCGGAAAAAUCGGAAAAAUCGGAAAACUCACUUGUUCAUUGGUUCAAUAAAGUGUUUAAACAACGUUCUAAUACAAAAAAAUGCUUAUUAUGAUUUGAAAUCACUUGAGUGGGCGGAAGCCAAGCAAUGGAAUAUUUUUUUGCAAAAAAAUUAGCCGAGAGAAGCUCUCCGGGUCCAGUGUUUUCCGAUUGUCAGUGAGAAUCAGGGGUGUGCGGAAAAUAUUUCGAUUUUCCGAGAUUUUCCGAUUUUCCGAGAAAUUUUCGGAAAAAAGACGCUCGCUGCUAGACCCUUCCAAAAAUUUUGUGAUGCGCCUUUAAAAAGCAUACGGUGGUUUCGGACAAAUUGACCUUGAAUCCACACUAAUUUUCCGAAAAUUUUGCCGAAAAUUUUCGGAAAAUUUCUCGGAAAAUCGGAAAAUUUCGGAAAAUCGAAAUAUUUUCCGCACACCCCUGGUAGGUAGGCUGCUGGUCUGUUAGCGUCGUCGAGCCAAACAUGGAAAAGUAUAAUAAUACAGUGGAGUCGACCGCCCCCCAAAAUCAGGGAACAUUCUUCCGAAACACGGCCCCUGGGGACUAUUUUUAGGUUUUCUUGACACAUGCCGACAAUAUCCGCGUUUUUUUUAGGACCAACGCAACAAUUUGGCGACCGUCUCCGCCUACUUUGACGUGCACUGGAACGACGAUUUCGUCAAGUGGAAGCCCGACGUUUUCGGCGGAAUCGAGCGCAUUUUCGUGCCGAUCAAGUGGAUUUGGAAACCCGAAUUCUACAUGUACCACAGUGUGUACGGACGCGUUCCGGAUUACGCGCCCGACGCCUCCGCAGAGCUCCAUUUCAAUGGUACGAGUAUUGGAGGAGUGUGGCGCUGGAAACUGGCGCCACACAAAUGACGUCAACUUCAAGCGGCUAGAGUAGGCUGCGGAGGAGUGGUUGUACAAAAACGUUGUCAACUGUGAAAAUAUUGCGCACAUUUAGCACUUUAUUUUUGUAGUUUACAAGUUUCCUGUAAAGUCGCUCCUAAGACUACUGUAGCCGCUUGAAGUUGUAGAUGUCUGGAAGCGAUAUCGCGUUUCAAUGCCAACUGCUAAUAGCUGUAGUACUCCAGGAGUUGGUUUUAGAAGAAAAGUGUCAACUAGAAAAAUAAAGAUCACGUCUGGUAAUGUACUUUUGUAAUUGACAAUUUUUCUCUACGACCACUCUCAAAACUACUGUAGCUCUUUGAAGUUUGGGCUCAUUUUUAAGUCUUCGAGGUAAGCCCAACUUCCAAGCGCUACAACUACAUAAAUGAUCGACUACACAUCAAGUUUUCGCUAAUUCCGGCUUUUUUUGCAGGUCGCGUCCGAAUGUUCGUGUCGAUUUCGUCGAAAAGUUUCUGUCCGAUCAACUUUAAACGUUUCCCGUUCGACUCGCAAACAUGCUCGUUCUCGGUUACUUUUUCUUUAAAAUUUAUAGCGUUUUCGAGGCGAAAAGGGAACAACAACACAUAGUUGUUGCAUAA